AUGUUCCGGAUCGAGGGCCUUGCGCCGAAGCUGGACCCGGAGGAGAUGAAACGGAAGAUGCGCGAGGAUGUGAUCUCCUCCAUACGGAACUUCCUCAUCUACGUGGCCCUGUUGCGAGUCACUCCUUUUAUCUUAAAGAAAUUGGAUAGCAUAUGA